AUGGGCUUCGACCUCGCGGAGGACGCCCCGUACUCGGUCUCGGACGUGCUCGCCGCGCCGCCCAGCGCGUACAGGUCGACCGACAGCUGCUUCGCGCCGUGGAGCGCCGACGACCGUCUGAUGGAUCUGCGCGGGACGGCCUUCGCCGCCGUAUGGGAGCGCUACCUCCACUUGAGUCACCUCGACGUAGAUGCGCGGCCCGCGUCGGAGUUGGCGUGCUUCCUCCACGACGUCGAGGUGCUCCAGCAAAUGUACGUUAGCAACGAUACCAUGAGCGCGGGCGACUGGCCGCUUGGCGCGCUCACGCUUGUCGUCGACGAGAUGCUCUACGCACUACAGCACGCGCUUUGCGUUCGCCUUUCGGUCGCGCUCCGCGUCUUGUCCAAGGCGCUGCGCUGGAAGCGCAACCAAGCGAUCGUGCUGCGGCUCCACGACGGCUCCGGGAUCGCCUGUCUCUUUGCCCCGAUGACGCAGCUGCUCCAGACGCUGCUCGAGGUGUGCUUUGUCGGGUCCAGCGCGCUCUGGCAGCAGUGGGCCGACGUCGAUGUCGCCAUGCCCGAUAUACUCUCGCCUUCCGUCGCUGCAUGGAGCGCCGGCCCCUCGGACGCGUGCUUGUCGGCGCUCGACGACGUCCACCACGAGUGGACCGACUAUUACUUUGACUCGAAGAAGCCGACGCCGAUGGGGUUUCUGCACCACGCCUUUCACGCACUCCCGCCGCUGCUUGCGUUUGAACGUCUUGUUCUCGAGAGCCUGCUCGUCGUUGUUGCCGCGACCCGGGCCGCCGACCUCACGUCUCGCAUGGUCGUGUCGCCCUGGAUCCCGCUCCAGCUCGAUAUGCUCGGACUUGUCGGGGCGCUGCUUUGUGUCCAUCGAAGUACGUCGUUCUCGGCACCAAUUCCCGGCGACGCACUCUUGCCGGCGCUCUUUGAUGUGCUGCUUUUGGAGGCCAAGCAGCCGUCGGGCUCGGCCCAGCGCAUGGCGCAAGAGACGUCGCUCACGUCCAUGGUGCUCCGUGUCGGCCUCGAAGUGUGCGCGAGCGCCGAGAGUCUCUGGCUCGUUUUUGCCGAGAAGCUCAGUCUCGUGGGGUCCCCGCUGCGCUGGCUCCUUGACACUUCGCUGCAGCUCGCGGCCACGUCGACUAUCGAGCCGCGCUCGGGUUGCGACAUUCCGACGUACGCGCUGACGCUGCACUCUGAUCUCUUUGCGGACGUCGGGAAAGCAAAAGGCAACCGCGUCUUGUGCUACGCGUGCCAGCGCCACACGGCGCGCUGGAUUGCGACCGGUCUUGUCACGGCCUGUGGCGCACAGCGCAUCGAGACGUUGACGCCGGCGCAUCACGUGUGGCACCACGCCAACCUCUGCUACAAAGCGCUCUUUGAUACGCUCUUUCUCACGUUUGCGACCCCGGCCGUGGUGUUUCUUGACACGGCGAUGCCGGUUGACUUGCGCGCGUCGCCGAUUGCCGCCUACCUCGAGCAAACGAUCCUCGUGGCGUUGGACUGGAGCCGUGCCGCGCGCCGCCACGUCGGCGGUGUCAGCGUCGAGCUCCACGCCGUGUGUUUUCUCCGGCACGCCUUCCAUCUGCAUCCACAGAGCACGGUCGUUGCGAGCGCGCUCCGUGACGCCGACGCGUGGUCGUUUCUGUGGCGCCAUCCGGGUUUGUUUGACGCGCUUGCUCCGAAUUGUGCCGCUUCGCACAUCCUGUGGCUCGGCGAUGUCGCCGCGACGAUCGCGGAGCUGGACAAGGGCCCGCGCCGAUCCUUUGUCGUGUACCAUGCGGUCGUCGUGGCCACACUUUUACGCAUCGUCCACGCGCUGCCUGACAAGACAGCGUACUUGGCUCUCGUGCUCAAGAGCCUCGUCGCGACGACGGACGAGAACGACGCGUGGUUUCGCUUCACGAUGCUGUCGGUGCUCGAGCAACUGGCCAAAGCCGAAGGCGCCGCAUUCGACGCCUUCUUUCUCGCACACGUCCCGCUCUUUGCGCGGUUGUUGGGGCCGAUGGACGGAAGUGACGCCUCGUCGCUCGCCCGGCGGACCAGUCUUCGCUUUCUGUACGUGUUUGUGACGCCGUCGCGAGCCGUCGACGUCCUCGACGUCGAGCUGACGAUGCGCUGUGGGCUGCUACCGGCGCUCUUCCAGCUCCUGCACGACCCGAGCUGCGUCCCAUUUGUGCUCCAGAUGCUACCCGGACUCUUGCAUGCGGGUCUGGAGCUCCUCUACGCUCGGCACGUUGCCGCCGUGUCGGCCGAGGUGCUGCACGCCACGCUCUUUCAGCUGUACACGCAGUCCCUCUCCGAGCUCAUCUCGCAGACUCGGAAUGGCGUUGGCGACGUGGUCAUGGCGCUCGUCGAUAUACUCCACACGGUGCUCCUAUCGAGUCGGUAUUUCAAGUCGGCACAGACGCUCUUUCGAGAGUGCGGGCUCUUCGUGCAUCUCACCAAUUUGCUCCACUCGCGCCACUAUGUCGAGACGCCCAGCCACGGCAGCGUGAUUCGAGCCGUCGGCGCCGUGCUCACGCUGCUUAUGGCGGGGAACCGCGAGUCCAAAGCCGAGUUUCGGUCGCUCCUUGGGUCCGCGAUCGACGACCACGACCGUGUUGCGUAUGCGCCGCUCGUGCAUGUGUGCUUGGCCGCCGAGCCCGAUGCCAUCUCUCUGGCGACCAUGGAGCUCUUUCUGGAUAUGAUGGUCGACAACGAUCGCAUGGGUUCUCGGAUUCACAACCCGGACGCGGUGCCUGUGUUGUGGAUCCUCUUCCGGCACUGCUCCCUCGACGUGCAACAUGUUGUCGUCCACCGGUUUCUCGAGCUCUUCGACUCGACGACGUACGCGGUGCUGAACCGGUCGAUGUGCUGCUACGUCCAGCCCGCGACGCUCGACCAGAUCCUCGAUGUCCUCGAAGGCGAUGUCGUUUUCGAUGGCCUCUUGCAGGUCAUGGUCGAAAUUGGCCUCCAUAGCAUUGGCGUCAAGCAGCUCAAGCGCUUCUUCCGCCUCUUGCAAAAACCGUCGAUGGCGCCGCACGCUGCAUCGCUUGUCCAUGCACUCUACCGCAUGGUGACGCCCAAGCGCGCGGGCCCCAGCCGGUUCUUCUUUCUCGAUGGCGUGCAGUCGGGGCUUGAGGUCGCACCGACGUUCACGCUGCCGUCGCGCGGCUACACGCUGCAUACGUGGAUCCGACUCGAAGAGGCGCCGUCUCGCAAGAAGCAAUCCCUCGUCUCGAUCCGCGACGAGAACGGAGACGGCUACCAUUUGUACGUGCAGUCGGGCGUCUUGUGCUACGCGUUGCCGCAGGAGCUCGUCGUUCACACUAACGUACCUCUCGUGCCGCACGCGUGGCACUGCAUAAGCUGGUCGCACGCAUCCGGGUCGUUCCGGUCGCGGCCCGAGGCGAGUGUUUGCCUCGACGGCGACGUGGUUUGGAGCACGAACGACGUCCCGUCGAUCGAGCUGGCGGCCGUGGCGUCGUGCCACAUUGGCUGCGAUGUUGGCGUGACGCACCUCGGGCGACUGCAGCUUGGCGCUGUCUACUUGUUUCGAAGAGCGCUCUCACGCGAGAAUGUCCGACUGCUGCACCGCCGCGGCCCGGACAUGCUCUUGGCACGCCCGGACCCGCUCCUCGACGAGCUCCUCUGGAGUUACCACCCAAGUGUUUGGGAGGGCCAGUUCUUCCUCAACGGCAGCUUGCAUUUUCAAGAGGCGACGCCGCGUCAGCUUGCGGCCCGACGUCUCGAGGGCACGUACCACGUGUACACGCGGUAUCUCGUCGACGUGCUCGACUGCAUCGGAGGCAUCGCGGUCGUCUUGCCACUGCUGGCGCUCUUUGAUUUUGAGCCGAGUCCGGAUCUGACGGCGAAUGUGCUUCAGCUGCUCACGGCGCUCCAGCACGACCACAGUGCCAACCAACGCUUUCUGCACGAAGGCCAUGGCGUACGGGUCGUGGCGUAUCUCCUCAGUCGCAUGGCGCCGCAGCACCGUACGAGACAGGUCCUCGAUGCCAUGACGGCGCUCUUGCUUGACGCGCCGCGGCCCGUGCAAGGUCUCAUCAUCAAGCACUGGCUUGGCAACUUUUACCUCUGGUCGUUCGCGCCGCUGGACGUUCAGCUGUACGCGGUGGCGACGUUGCGUCGGCUCGUGCUCUCGCCCAGCUUGCCGUGGCAGACGCAUUUGACCGUGCGGAAGCUCCUCGACGAUCUCCGGUUGCACUAUUGGUUUACGCCGCCGACAGCGAUUUGGGCCAGCGAAGGUGGCUGCAUGGACGCUAGCGCCGGUGUCUUGUCGCCGAGCCACUUUGAGAAAGGCGCCAUGUUCAAUCGACGCGAGUGGUGUCACCCCGAGACGCACGCCCCCGUGGCGUCCCACUUGAGUGCCGCCGAGUGCCAUAGAGUGCGCGGCGCACUCCUCGAGCUCCUCGAGACGCUGCUUCGCACCAAGACGUCGCUCGAGGCGGCCGAUGUGAACGCGCUUACGGGGUUCCUUGCCUUCUCGGGCGACGACUUGCAAAAGAAGGAUGUGCUGACCGUCCUCCUCCGCCUGUUUGCCGAACCGACGCUCGCGCCAACGCUCGCAGCGCUUAUCGAGAAGGAGGUUCGCCGCCAAGUCAACACGCCGGACGCCAACUUGGACCCGCAUUAUUGCGUCACGCCAUGGAGCGGGUUUGGCUUGCCCAUCUCGGCGGCUGACGCGGUCGUCGCGCUCGUGCUGCGACGGCCGCAGCUGUCGGGUCGCCUCAAAUUGCUCGGGCUCGAAAUCGUCGUCCAGUGUCUGAGCGUGUUGCCGGUCGAGGCGCCGGCGCACCACCGCCCGCACUCGGUGUCGAUGCCGUCGACGGUGCUUGCGACGGCCCUUGCGUUCAAACCGCGCAUGGCGGCCUCGCACAACGACGUGCGGUUCGCGUCGCAUCUUCGGCGCAUGAGCAGCUACAGCUUUAGCGAGCUCUCGGACGACGAGGUCGGGGACGUUCCUGCGACGACACCGACGACCGAGACACCGUCGGACGCCGUCGGACACGUGCUGGCAGCGCUUGCGUUUGUUCCCGUCGACGCCUACGACGACGUGGUCGAGCUCUGCUGGCGUCUGCUCGUCAACGACCGUCGGCACGUGGUCGUACCGGCACUCUUUGCGGCCAUGCCACGCGCGUCGCUAGCCACGUGUCUCGAUGUCUUUCGAGGUCUCGACCAACAGCUGCGGCUACUGCAACUCGUGUGCCACCACCGCGUGCUGCGGUCGUGGAUACUGGUGCUGCAGCGCUGCGACCACGACGACGACCGCCAAGUCGUGCUCAACGUGGUCGUCACGUGGUCCGUGCACUGCAUUGCGACAGCGAUCGACGGCUGGGUCACCGUGCACCGCUGCCUCGCGCUCCUGGAUGCCACCAUAUCGCCGCCGUCGCUCGCCGAUGCGAUGCGCCAGCGGUACUUGACGCAGCUGUUGCUUCGUCUGCGACACAUGGACGUGCCAAGCCGCCUCCAAGCCCACGGGUCGAAAUGGCAGUACGUUUCGUCCGACCCGGUCGACGCGGAGCGACAACAGUGGCUGCUUGUACACGCGAAUGUGUGGCAUCUCGUCUUUGUGGUCGAAGACGACCGGUGCCGCGCUGCGCCGCCUACUGUAGCGCUUGUGGAAGCGCUCUUGCAUUUGCUUCGGCGGAUGGACAUGCUGUACUGGACGGCGUUUCCGAUUGAGCUUGAGACGGCGCAGCCGUGGACGGCUCGAAAAGGCGGUGUCUUGCGGGCGCUCCUGCGACUGCUGUUACCCUUGAAGCAUGCCGCGCCCCUCUUGCACGAGUACCUCUUUCACGACCAGUGCCCACACGCCCGCGGGGAUGCCCAGCGGUACAUCUUGCGUGCAUUGGCCGUCGUCUCGGGCCUCUCCAAAGCCGAGUCACAAGGUGAUUGGCGCCAAACGACGCUGGACCUCGCGCGGCGGCACAAGGCGCUGCUGCAACUACGUUUCCUCGACCUGCAGCAGUCGUCGUCGACGUCGCCGACGCCGUCGUCCGAGCCGGUCGCGACAGCGCUUCUUGCCGAGCUGCAGAGUGUGCUGCAGCUGCCGUCGCUCGAGUGGGCCGACUGGGACAUUCUCGUGCCGCCGUACGAUCCGAUGACCGACGACAGCGACCACUGGGCAGCCGAGAUGGCCUCCGAGCGGCUUCAGACAGUUGCACGCGAGACGCUGGCUGGGGUGCACUGGGAGCUGCUUGCACGGCAGUGCCACCGCCACCGAUAUACGUCCAAGACGAUGGACGACAUCUUGCGCAGCGCCAUGCAGUGGGAGCGGUCCGUGUGGAAGCUGACAAGCGACAAGUACGAAAAGCAACGCGUGCACGCGAGUCACACGUGGCAGCGCCUGCUUCGGUCGCUCACGAACGAGCGGGCGUCGUGGGGCGAUGACGGCAGCCGCGUCGGCGUCGCCGUGCAGUGGAAGCUCGACAGCGCCGAGAAUACGCGGCGCGAACGCUGCAAGCUCAAGCGGUACUACGCCCGGGACGCGACGCCAACGGCAUGGACAGAGCUGCCGACCAUCUCGCAGGCCGAUGCGCAGCUGUCGCUGGCAACCGAGCUCCUCCAAGCCAAGGCGCUCGCUGCGUACAACGAGGACUUUUACGAAAAGCUCAAGAUGCGCGACGAAGCCGCGAGCGAGCACACGCCGCUGGUCGCGCUCACCGACGGCAUCGACCCCGGGGCACGCAUCGCGACGUUCGAGUGCGCGUGGAUCGCAAAGACCAAGCACGAGCCGUGCCACUUGCAUAUGUACCCGAUGUACCUCAGCCUCGUCGUGCGAGCAACGAGCAAGCAAAUCAAGUGGCCGCUGCCCGGCUUGCUGCACGUCGAGCACCGUCGGUUCCAGUUUCGAUCCUCGGCGCUCGAGCUCUUUUUCCGAGACGGCGCGUCCAUCUUUGUGAAUUUUCUCGACAAGAAGGCCGCCGCCUUGUUGCAGCAGACGCUUCGCUUCAUGCAGCCGCCGGCGCUGCAGCCGUCGCUCGGGCGCACGCCGCGCGCGCGGUUCGAGCACGCGAGUGCGAUGCAGCGCUGGGUCGACCGGAAGCUUUCGAAUUUCGAGUACCUCAUGCAUCUCAACACGAUGGCGGGGCGCACGUACAACGAUCUCGCGCAGUACCCCAUUUUCCCGUGGGUGCUGGCCGAUUACACGAGUGAGACGCUCGACUUGAGCAACCCGGCAACCUUUCGCAAUUUGUCGCGGCCCAUUGGCGUGCAGAACGAUGCGAGCUUGGCGUUCUUCACCGAGCGCUACAACGAAGACGACAUGCCGCAGCUACCGCCGUUCCACUAUGGCACGCACUACUCGUGUUCGGCGUUUGUGAUUGGCUUUCUGCUGCGGUUGCAGCCGUUCACGAGCUACCACAAGCAGCUGCAAGGCGGCAAGCUCGACCACGCCGACCGGUUGUUUCACUCGAUCGAAGCCUCGUUCCGGAGCUGCACGACCAACCCGAGCGACGUGCGCGAGCUCAUCCCCGAGUUUUACUACCUCCCCGAGUUUCUUCUCAAUACGAACCGCAUCGAGCUCGGUAUCAAGCAGAACGGCGACGUCGUCGACAACGUCGUUCUGCCGCCGUGGGCGCACGGGUCGGCCCACGAGUUCAUUCGACUCCACCGCGCCGCGCUCGAAAGCGACUACGUCUCGGCGCAUUUGCACGAGUGGAUCGACUUGAUUUUCGGCUACAAGCAACGUCCACCGCUGUUUGGAGGCACAGCCCACGCCGUCGACGCGUGCAACGUGUACUUUCACCUGACGUAUGACGGCGCCCUCCGCCGGACACCGAGCUUCGUUUUGUACGGCCACGACGACGGCGUCACGAGUGUUGCGGUCUCGAGCGACAUGGACCUCGUCUUGAGCGCCAGUCGUGACGGCACCAUCAUUGUGCACACGCUGAGCAACGGCCGGUACAUUCGCACGCUGCGCCCGGAUGCCUCGCGGCACGCGCGCUUGACGUAUGUCGGACUCAGCACUUAUGGGUCGAUCCUGACGUACUGUGAUUCGAGCUCGACGCUGUAUCGGUACUCGAUCAACGGCGAUUGCCUUGCGUCGCGAUUCGUGGAUCAGAAAGCCCAGGCGUUUGCGCUGACGCAGGACGGCGACGCGAUUCUACUGGGCGGGCGCGGCCAAACGAUCACUGUCUACCGCGUGCACGACCUCUCGAUCCAACGCGAAUUCGAUGGCAGCGACGAGACACGCGGGCUCAAAGCGUUCCAGAGCCCGAUCCACGCGCUCUGCUUCUCGAGCAACGACAUGCAUUUGCUCGUCGGCCUUGGCAACGGCGAUGUGUGCGUUUACACGCCAGAUGCUCAGUACCUCCGCGACCGGCUUCAGACCAAACUCACAGACCUUGGCUUCUAG